UUCCAGGAAAUGAAAGCGAAAAAGCAAUUCACUCUCUUUCCUGUCCUGGAAAUAGCAAACAAACCCAGUACGGUAAGGUAAAAUUUCACCUCUUUCACAUGUGAAAAAGCAAACCCAGCAUGUGAAAAAGCAAUCCACUCUCUUUCACAUGCUAGUACAUUCUGGUAUGAAGAGACUCUUUUUAUGUUUCAUCAUCAAAACGACACACACUCUGUGUUCAACUUUUUUGGUUUUUCACAUUAUCAAGCCUAGCUAGCUCUUAAGGCCAAGGGAGAUUCAUCUAUCCAAAAGUCUCCUCGAUCUCCAAGGCACAAUACUCUGGGUCUGUAAUAGCUGAAGCUAAUGGAGUUCUAUCAGUAUGUCUUUGAGACGAUGAGGAUGAUUAUUGUGAUUAGUGCGGUAAUGGUGCAAUGGUUCGAAUUCGGUGUCAUAGCCUGCCUUAAGUGGAUAUGGAAGAAUUGGUUCAUUAUUGUGGUGAUUGUGACAUGGAACGUAAUAGCCAGUCUUGGGUGGAUAUGGAAGAGUAGGUUCAGUUACACGGUUGAAACCCCAGAGCAGAUAUCAGAGGGUAAUCAGGAACUGGUUGACGUCGUUGAAACCCCAGAUCCAAUAUCAGAGGAUCAUCAAGAACCGGUUGACGUCGACGCCUCUGCAUCAUCAGCUGAAUCACCAGCUCCUACGUGGAAGCAUGAUGUGUUUUUGAGCUUCAGGGGUAAAGAUACUCGUAAGAGCAUCACAUUCUCUUUACACAAACGACUGCAAAAAAGGAGAAUCAAAACAUUCAUGGAUGACCGAGAUCUUGAACGAGGGGAUGUUAUUUCUGACGCUCUGCUAACGGCAAUUAAAAAAUCAAGGUUUGCAAUUGUUGUUCUCUCUCAAAACUAUGCCUCUUCCGCUUGGUGUUUGGAGGAACUGAGACACAUUUGUGAAUGCAUGAAAGGAGACGACAAAAGAAUUCUACCACUUUUUUAUAAUGUGGAUCCUACUGAUGUAAGACGUCAGAAGAGCAGUUUCGGAGAUGCUUUAACUAUGCAUGAAAAUUCUAGGCGACACGGAGAGAAGGUGAAGCAGUGGAGAGAUGCUGUAACAAAGGUGGCAAAUUUCUCCGGGUGGCAUUCAGAGACAUUUAACAAUGACGAAGAACUUUUGGUUAAAAUUGUGGAAGAGGUGUGCAAUAAAUUACGACCGACUGAACCUGUGUUAAAAGUGUCCCUCGGAGAUUUUGAAGAAUUUGCAGCAACAAAAGAAGCCAUUGAUAAGGUCAUGGAGGCGCUAAAAGAUGGUGAGGCCACUACCAUUGGAGUCUACGGCAUGGGGGGCGUUGGAAAGACAACAAUGGUGAAACAUGUAGGUGUACAAGCCGAAGAAAAAAAGCUUUUUAAUAAAGUGAUUAUGGCUGUCGUAUCCCAAAAACCCGACUUGAAGAAAAUUCAACAGGAAUUUGCAGAAACGCUGGGCUUUGAACUCAAGGAGAAGACGGAAAUUGUAAGAGCCCGUGAAUUGAAGGAGAAAAUAAUGAGAGAAACCGGGAUCCUCAUAAUCUUGGAUGACAUUUGGCAGAGAAUAAAGUUUUCAGACAUUGGAAUUCCGAGCCACAACGAACUUCAAACACGCAAUUCCAAAGUCCUAAUGACCACCAGAAGAUUGAAAGUUUGUAAGAUGAUGGGGACCCAUGCAAAAAUUCCUCUCAAUACCUUAUCAGAAGAAGAUUCUUGGCGCUUAUUUGUGAGGGAAGCGGGGAUGUCUUCUGACAAAUCUUCCAAUUUCUAUGAUGUAGCACAUGAGGUGGCAAGAGAAUGUGCCGGUCUACCAAUUGCUUUGAUAGCAGUUGCGAGGGCCCUUCGAGAUGAAGGUUUGAACAGAUGGGAAGAAGCUGCAGGACGACUAAAAGCGUCUCAACCUCCCAUCCGUGAAGAUGAGAAAGCUGUGUUCAAAUGCAUAAAGUUAAGCUAUGAUUUCUUGAAGGAUGAUGAAUUGAAAUCAUGCUUCUUGCUUUGCUGCUUGUUCCCAGAAGAUUAUGAUAUCCCAAUUGAAUACUUGGUCAUGUAUGGAAUUGGGAAAGGAAUGUUUCGAGAUUUAACCAUGCUACAAGCCCGAGAGUCAACAUAUUCAGUGGUGCAGGACCUUGAAGAUUCUAGCUUGCUUUUAGGCGGUAGAGAUGACGGAUGUGUAAGGAUGCAUGAUGUCAUUCGGGAUAUGGCAAUAUUAAUGACAUCAUUAUCUGAAGACGGCCAGCGGUUCUUGGUGAAAGUUGGCUGUGAAUUGACGAAUUGGCCAGAGAUUGAUGCACAUAAAGGCUACUCUGCAAUCUCACUAAUGAAGAACAAAAUUUGCGAGCUACCAGAAAAGUUGGUAUGUCCAAAUCUCCAGAUUUUAUCACUACGACAGAAUGCUUCUUUAAAUGAUAUCCCAAAAUCUUUUUUCCAAAGUCAGAAUGAAUUAAGAGUCUUGGAUCUUAGCAACACUCGUAUUUCAUUACUACCCCAAUCAAUCGUUUUCCUAACCAACCUUCAAGCUUUGUAUUUAGAUUAUUGCAGAAACAUAAUGGACACUUCUGUAAUCGGAAAACUUAACAAGCUUGAGAUUCUUAGUAUGAGAGGAACUGCUCUGAAAAAAUUGUCAAGAGAAAUAGAACAACUGACCAAUCUAAGGAUGCUCGAUAUAAGUGCUGCAGCUUUAUCCUUGGGAGGAAGUAUUUGCACAAUUCCAUCUAAAGUGAUAUCAAAGUUGCAUAAAUUAGAAGAGCUGUACAUGCAAUAUGGAUUUUGGGACUGGGGGAGUAAAAUUGAUGGAAAAGGAGAAGAAACUAAUAUUGGCUUUGAUGAAUUAGCUGGUUUAUCAUAUUUAAGAAUUUUGAAAGUUUGCAUAUUAGAUGCAAAUUGCAUCCCUAAAAGUGUUAAGGUCGAACCGAAGUGGGUUUACUUUGAUAUUAGUAUUUGCAGCGGCAAGAGUGGACAGGGAAUCUAUAACAUCCUUCGAUCUGGUAAUAAUUAUAGAUCCUUGAGUCUUGAUAGUACUGACACAACCAUGGGAACCCUUCCGGACUGGUUUGUCAACGCUGUGGUAAAGAAAACUGAGAGGCUGAGUUAUAAAGAAUGCACAGGGUUGAGUAACAUUCUUGUGGAAUAUGACCGUGGGAGGUUGCAUGGACUGAAAGUUCUCUCUGUAAUUGACUGUGAGAACUUGAAAGAAUUGAUGAAUGCAAUAACAUGUGUUCCAGAUAUGCGUAUGCCUGUGUUUGAGAACAUGGAAGAGUUGCAUCUGAAAGAGCUGAAUGACCUGGAGGAGUUAUGUGUUGGUGAGUUACCACCUGGAUCUCUCUGCAGUCUGAAAUUAUUGAAGGUCCAUCAGUGUCGUAACUUGGAGAAAGUACUGUUGCCAUCAAAUUUGUUGCAGAAACUACCAAAUUUGGAAAUACUAAACUGUGAGGAAAGUAAAGUGGAUCAUGUGUUUGAAUGUAAAGGAUUUGAGCCAGAUCAAACAAAACUGAGAGAGAUGGAGUUGCGAGAUCUAGAUUUAAUAAGAAGCAUAUGUAAUGGUCCUGCUCCACGCCGAAUGUUCCAGGCUCUAAAGCAAUUGGUAAUUCACAAUUGCAACUUCCAAGGAAGUCUCUUCACAUUUGAUGUAGCUCAGUGUCUUUUUCAAUUGGAAAGCCUUGUUGUAUCCGAAUGCCCUGUCUUGGAAAGAGUAAUCGAAGCAAAGAGGAAAACAUUGAACAACAACAAGACCGUUCUUCCAAAAUUGAAGAACUUAUGUUUGCAAUAUCUUCCAAUGUUGUACAAGGGAAGUGCUACUGUUGAUUUUGUGUGUCCUUCAUUGGAAACCUUGCAUCUGAGGGACUGCCCCCACUUGUCAUUUCCACCCUCCUCUGCUUCUGACUACUUCCACAGCAGGAACCCAGUCAAUGAAGAUUGGAGUCUGUUUCUCCGAUUUAAAGUAAAGGCUUCAGUAUUUCCAAGAAGAAACAUGAAGAAAGCAAAUCUGAGUGAGAGGUCGCGGCCUCGCUCCAGAGGGAGAGAACACAUGAAGAAAGCAAAUCUGAGUGAUAGGGCGCGGCCUCUCUGAGUGAGAGGACGCGGCCUCGCUCCAGAGGGAGAGAACACAUGGAGGAAAGAAGGAGUGAGAGGUCGCGGAGGGAGAGAACUCAUGGAGAAAAAAAAGUCGGAUUGAUAGGACGCGGACUCCCUCCGGAGGGAGAGAACGAGUUCUGGUUGGAAUUCAAAUAGGGAACUGAAGCUUCCAGAAUCGACGAAUCUCGAGCCAAUCACUCCUGAUUUGUCCUCACCCAUCCGAAUUUCAGGGAUUUUAUCAUUCUCGAACUUCCGGGAACCUACCGAUGACGAAAAGAGAAGGAUGAAAAUAGUGGCCGGAAGCUUGAUGAAAGCAGUGAUCAGACCUGGUGGAGGUGAUUCAACACCUGAAGAUGGUGAUCAGGCCAUAUAUCAUUGCACUGUUAGAACAUUGGAUGGAGUUAUUGUUGAAUCUUCAAGAUCAGAAUUUGGUGCCUUCUAUUACAGUGAGAGUGCUGUUCGUUUAGUAAUGGGGAAUAUGUAAAAGCUGGUUUGGUUGAGUUGGAGCGUUGGAGCUAUAAAGCAACAGAUGAGGUUCAGCUUGGGAUGAACUCAAGCAUACUAGGCAAGCCAUUGGAUCCCUGGUAACAUCAAAAACCCAAAAAGACACUUGACAAAAUAAGCCAUGACCUGUGCCCAGUAAGUAAUGUGUAAGCAAGGAAUUAGUAAAUACAUUCAAAUCCAUUAACCUCCUCUUCAAUCAUACUCAUGUGUGCUUGAUUUUAUGUUUUUGAAACGUGGAAGAUAUUCUGAAUUUUAGGUGCUAUCAUUUUCUGACCAUGCUUCAGUCUUUGGAUUUGUUGUUUUGAAUCGGUAUAGUUGUUUUCCUUCUCUUUGUUAUGCAGCAGGGAACUUGAUUUCAUUUCUUUUAGUUGUUUAGGGACUGCAGAUCCAAAAAAACCAAUAUACUGAAUUUGUUUACUUGAAUUGGUUUGGUCUUUUGGAUUCUAUCUGUACUCAUAGUCAGUUCGUUGUAGUUGAAUUGGUUUAGUUGUUAAGGGACUGCAGAUUAAAAAAAAAAAAAAAAAGCAUCUGAGAAAUAUAUACAUGUGAUUUCCUGUUGAUUUUCAUAUAUGGUCUUAUUCAUAUAUUAUUACUGUUGAAGUUCAUAUGUUGUUAUUCAAUUACGACAUAUAUUACAUGAAUCAUGGACUAUCAUACCAUGCUCCUUUGUACAUUUUAUUAUAUAUACCUUGAUGCUAGCCUCAGAAUUUGCUUACUCAGUACUAUAUCCUUCUCCUGCUUGCUCAGUCUUUGAGUCCAGGAACAAGGUAAUUUAGUAGGUUUAAAUUAUCAGGAGUUUGUGAUUGUGUAUCUCUCUGUGUGUGUGAGGUAGCUGGAUUUCUCAUACUUUUCACUAGCCAUCACCUUUGGUAUUAUUCCAUUGUUGCUUCUUCAAAAUACUGAAAUUCCCUCCUGAUUGAAUAUAUAGCCAGAGGUAAGAUCCACGUGAUUGCUGCCAAGAAGUUGUCAGCGAAAGGUGGUGACUACGAAAAGAACGAAAUUCAGCGGCUUCAACACAUUCUCUAAAAGUCUUCAGCACUACAAAAUGGUUGAAACGAAACUUCAAGCUCAACAAAAGGAAAGUAUUCUAUAAUGAUGAACUGGCGCAGAGCCAGAACAGGAGGAGGUGUCCGAGCUGCAUGUUCUAUGUCGAAAAGUCGGUUGGUUGCUCCUACAUGAAGUGCAGAUUCGCGGGCUGGUAAAUGUUGACUUUGCUGAUAUAAGGGCUAUAAUGGCGAAUGCAGUUUCUUCAUUGAUGGGGAUAGGAUCUGCAACUGGUAAUUUUUGAUCUACUUACUAGAAUGUUUACAGUGCUAAUAUGAUGUCAGAGUCAGAGGCUUCACUUAUGAUUUUGGACAUGAUUGUGCUGGAACCUAAUUACCAUGAUGGCAUCACUGUGGCUAACCUUGUGAAAAUUACUGUUGUGAAUGACAUCAAGAACUUCUCAGUUUAUGGGGUUAGUGUGUGAGGAGGAAGGUGAUCUAAUCCCAGGUUUGUUAGAAUUUAAAUAUAUAGGUAUUUGGUCUUCAAUAAGGUACAGGAUAAGCUUACAGAAAUGUUUUUUUGAUUGGAUGUUACAAAAGAGGGGGAGUGCCCUUUGCUGAUAUUAUUUAUUUAUUUAUUUGUUUUACUGAGAAGGAUAUCUUAGUUCUGGAGAUGGUCUGAACACGUAGUUUUAGUUGCAUUUUCCAUGUAAUGUGAUUUGGAGUGUGCAUGGCGAAAAGUUUGAUACUAAAAUGACUCUGUCAUCAACAUAGAGAAUUCAAAUUUCUUAGUGGUAGCCAAUCCCAUCUUCUAGAUGCAUGUUCCUCUUAUGCUUGUUAGUUGCCACUCUUGUUCAAUGCAGAACUGUGCAUCUU